GAAGCAAAGAAUAGAAGUCAAAUAGGGAAAACUGACCAGUCAUGAUCGUCAUGGUUAAGACAUGCCGUGCAGGACUCCAGGCUCAGGACUGAACACUGUUGCUAAAUUUGGUGCGGUCUCCAAGUGGGAUCAACUGAUUGGAGAGUCGGAGACUCGGAGACAGUCCCGGAACGUCGGUUACGCGGGGGGAGAAAUUCUACUGGUACUGGUACUGGUACUGGUACUGGUACCGAGUAGGUAGAAAGGAGUGAGGCGUGGUCAGGGCAAGGAAACAAUAAUCACG